GGGGCGGGGCUCCGAGACUCCGCCCAGCAGCCAGCUUUCCGGUCUUGGUCCAGGCCUCAGCCUCGGACCAGGCCUGGGCUCCGUGUGACCUCCCGGGCCCCAUGCACCUACGUGCCAUGGACCCGGCGGCGGCAGCGCAGGUGAGCGAGGCGGUGGCGACGAAGAUGCUCCAGUACCGACAAGACGCGUCCGGCUGGAAGAGUUGCCGGGGAGGCCAUGGAGUUUCAGUUUCCUGGAGGCCAUCCGUGGAGUUUGCAGGGAGCCUGUACCGAGGAGAUGGAAUUGUGUGUGGUACCCCAGAGGAGGUGUGGGACUGUGUAAAGCCAGCUGCCGGGGGCUUGCGAGAGAAAUGGGAUGAGAAUGUGACCAGUUUUGAAAUUAUCGAAAGCAUCACCAACACACUGUGCGUGAGCAGGACCUCUACCCCUUCAGCUGCCAUGAAGCUCAUUUCUCCCAGGGACUUUGUGGACUUGGUGCUGGUCAAGAAAUACGAGGAUGGCACCAUCAGCUCCAAUGCUACCCAUGUGGAACAUGCACUCUGUCCCCCGAAGCCAGGAUUCGUGAGAGGAUUUAACCAUCCAUGCGGGUGCUUCUGUGAACCUCUUCCAGGGGAGCCCGGCAAGACCAGGCUGGUCACGUUCUUCCAGACGGACCUUAGCGGCUACCUGCCGAAGAGUGUGGUGGAUGCCUUCUUCCCGCGCAGCAUGGCCGGCUUUUAUGCCAACCUUCAGAAAGCAGUGAAGCAGUUCCACAACUGAGCUCUCAUGUGACAGCUGAUGGAGAUCAGCCGUGAUGCAUGAGGAGCCCCAAUUUCUGGGAGAGCCUGAAGGCUGGCUUCUGCUCUUCAGGUCACCACGAUGGGCAGCGAGUCUCUAGGAGUGCCAGCCAGGGCAGCAGCUGCCCCUCCUUCCUCUCAGGGCUGGUGUGGGGAAGCUGUUCACUGCUCCAGCUCUACCUGGGGUCCAAACGCACUGCCUGGUGGACCCUGGCUACUGGCCACCCGACAGAGACUCCGCUUGUUACUUGGUGAUGCCCUGUGGUCCAGAGGCCACGUGCCAUGUUUGUCCUCAGCUGAUAAUGAUCACAGUGUCUGGCACCAUGUCAGCACCUGUAGCUUCCCACCCUGUGCUGCCAACUCUGACUCUGGUGUAUGUGUUUAACACUGCACAAGAUUCCCCACUAAAUGUCAUCCUGGGAAAUAAUGAUUUAAACAGUGGAAUAAGCCUCAAGGGACAAUACUUCACUGAGCCUUUG